AUGGCGGCCCCAGCCGUUGCCAAGAACGCCCCUGUCCAAGUGCCCCGCCGGCGCAGCAUCACCCAGAUCUGCCCACCGCCCCGGCGCCCCAUGACCCUGGCCGAGGUGUACCCGGGCUGUGAGAACGAGCGGCUCGGGGUGGCCCGGGAGACCAUGCUGCAGAACCACCUCAUUGCCAAGCCGGAAAUUGGGAAACCUCGUAGAAAUAACUACACUCUUCCAGGUUAUGGUUUUAACUAUGGAUUGUAUUUACAUGGAAACGAUGGAGGUGUCCCUGAAGCCAUUUGCCACUGGCAUGCCAUGAAGCCCAGGAUUAUUUUGGAGAAGGAGAAACCCCGUGAUUACCAGGCCACCAACUGCCACGCUGUCAAGGACGGCUACACCACGGCCCACGAGCAGAACCUUUACCGCAAGAUAAAGGACUUCCGCAUCAACGUAGAGGACGAACGUCGAUUCAAGAAGACGCCGCCCAAAGUCCCGGCAGACAUGACUUAUGGAAGGCCACCACGACCUGCCACUCCUCUCUUUGAUCUGCUGCAGCACAAGUACAAAGAGAUUUGGAUGGCUGAGCAGAGGGCUGUCAUCAGAGCUGAAAAGGCUGAGAAGAAGCAGAAGAAACGUCGGGGGAAGUUCUACGAAACCCGGACAUCUUUGUUGAGAAAAUUCCAACCGCCGAUGAAGAAGGAGCAACUUUGGCACAUGCCCCAUUUUCAGAAGGUUGAUCCACACCUCUCAACCUUCCCAGAUCACACCUCAUACAAGCGGGCACUUGAGGUCUUCCAAUCAGAAAUCCCAGUGAGGAUCGGACCCCUGGCACAAGGCAUUUAUACCACGGCCUGUUAGGGCAUAGC